CGUUCCUCUACUGGGUAUUUAUCCCAUACCCGACUCUUUGUAAGGUAAGUCGUUCAUCCUGAGUAUCCCACCCCGAUGUCCAUGAAAGCAGCUUUGACAUGCAAGUAAAAACGUUCAGGGCAGUCCGGACCGUCUUGGUGUGCUGCUUCGCUUUCGCGGUUCUGUGGCAGCUCUGCCUGAUUGAUUUCCAGCCCUCGUUCCAGUUCAUCCCUCUUGGUGGCUACACCUCGGCUCCCCAGACCGACUGGUCCCGAUUCGCCUACACUCAAUAUGCCACCAACCGAGCGUACCUCUGCAACUCGGUGAUGUUGUUUGAGACCUUGCAUCGCCUAGGCAGUCGAGCCGAUCGCCUGCUAAUGUAUUCAUCGGACUUCUCCACCGACGACAACUCCAGGGUUGCGAAGUUGCUCCGCAAGGCCCGCGAUGAGUAUAGGGUCAAGCUGGUCCCAGUCGAGCUUCAGCACCGGAAGGGCGUCGACAAGACCUGGGCAGACAGCUACACCAAACUACUAGCUUUCAACCAAACCCAGUACGAUCGCGUCUUGAGCCUGGACUCCGACUCAACUCUUCUCCAGUCUUUGGAUGAACUAUUCCUGCUCCCGCCAUCGCCCGUGGUCCUCCCCCGGGCCUACUGGCUCAGUCCCGCGAGCCGGACGAUGAGCACUCUAAUCGCAUUAAUCGAGCCCUCUGCGUCCGAGUUCGCCCGCAUCCAACGGGCGAUCGCCGACGCCGGGCCGAACGAAUUCGACAUGGAGAUCGUCAACAAGCUGUACCAGGGCCGCGCGGGGGAUCUCCCCCACCGGCCUUACUACCUCCUCACCGGCGAGUUUCGUGCCAAAGACCAUACCGCCUAUCUCGGCGAUUCGCAGGACUCCUGGGACCCGGUCGAGGUCUUCAAUCAGACAAAGUUCCUGCAUUUCUCCGACUGGCCUCUUCCCAAGCCGUGGUUCCGAGCCAACACAAGUAUCAUUGAAGCGAAUCAGCCGACGUGUGAUCUGGACCCCCAAACGGGUAUCCGUGAUGACUGUCGCGCGCGAGAUAUCUGGCGCAGCAUCUAUGAUGAUUUUGCCUUGAGACGGCAGGCAGUGUGUAAUAUGACGGUCAAAGAUGUAUAUACAGUAUGAUGGUGCUUUUCAUACUUUCUUGCUCUUUUUAUCAUCCUCAUUCUUGUUGUUAGAGGAGGGUAUUUUCGGUGUGCCUGGUUAGCAUGCUGUGUAGUUAUAUUGGGAAAUCCUCAGGACAGCGUUGGUUUUAGAAAGGUCAGAUGUGGGGAAAUAGAUCUCCUCAGCUCAAGAGCAUGGACAGAUUUGGUCUGAUUUUGUCUGGCGGUGUCAUUCUUAUGCAGGCUAGCCUUUUAGUUUUCUUGGUUCCUCUUUGAACUAUGUUUUGAUGCAAUAGCCUACCAUGGUACGUGAUGAAUCUUAUCUCUGGGAACAAAGGUCCGGGGAAGAUUUGUUGACUGCGUGGAUCUAUACGUGAACCUGGAACGGACGGAAGGGAAUGUACCGUAGAAAGAUUUCUUGCACUGCAAGGGGCAGAGGAC